UUUUCAGAAAAGAAAAAAAAGCCCAAAACCUCACUCCAAACCAAACCAUUCAAUCUUCAAGAGUUUUCAUUUACAGGUCAUGGCGUCUCACGAUGACUCCAACACAGACAAGAAAGACGAAGUCAAAGGCGGAUUCCUCGGGAAAGUGAAAGGUUUCAUGCACGAUAUCGGCGAUAAAAUCGAGGAAACAGUUGGAUUCGGAAAACCGACCGCUGAUUUCACCUCAAUCCACUUUCCCCGCAUCGACCUCCAAAAGGCAGAUAUAGUCGUAGAUGUCCUCGUUAAAAACCCUAAUCCAAUUCCAAUCCCACUAGUCGACAUCAACUACUUAAUCGAAAGCGACGGAAGAAAAUUAAUUUCUGGAUUGAUUCCCGAUGCGGGCACAAUACACGCGCAUGGCUCCGAGACAAUUAAAAUACCCGUUUGUCUUAUAUACGACGAUAUCAAGAAUACUUACGCAGAUAUAAAACCUGGGAGUAUAAUUCCUUACAAAGUCAAGGUUGAGUUACUGGUUGACGUACCCAUUUUCGGUAGGUUGACUUUGCCAAUCGAGAAAACGGGAGAGAUUCCUAUACCUUAUAAGCCCAGUAUCGACGUUGACAAAAUUCGUUUCGAGAAAUUCUCGAUCGAAGAAACUGUUGCGACUCUUCAUUUGAAGUUGGAGAAUAAGAACGACUUUGAUUUGGGGCUUAACGAUCUUGAUUAUGAGGUGUGGCUGGGUGAUGUCAGCAUUGGUGGCGCCGAGCUCAAUAAAUCUGCGAAAAUCGAGAAGAAUGGGAUUACUUUUAUUGAUGUUCCGAUUACGUUUAGGCCAAAGGAAUUUGGUUCGGCUAUUUGGGAUAUGAUUAGAGGGAAAGGGACGGGAUAUUCUAUAAAAGGGAAUAUUAAUGUGAGUACUCCUUUUGGGGAAAUGAAGUUGCCCGUUUCGAAGAUCGGUGGGACUACCCAUUUUAAGAAGAAGAAGGAAGAUGGUGGCGAUGGUGAUUGGUGAUGAUCAUUCGGUACGUUUCUAAGGAUAUUCUCCGGUUUCUUUUUUUUUUUUUUUUUUUUUGAUUUGUUGCGCAUAUAUGUGAGGAGCACUUGUUGUUAUUAUUUAAACAUUUUCGUCAUUUUCCGACAAAAAAAAAAUAUGAACUUUUAUGUAAUAACUCAAAAACGAAAACCCGCGAUUUUCGUGAGGUGGUUUGCAUUGUGAUGAAUGGUACAAGGGUCUUUCUUGUGUUUA